GGGUAUAAAAAGGGAGGAAAUGGGUUUAAAACCAGAGACGGCUGCACAACACACACUGGCUGGACUGACUGAACUUUAACGAGAAGGCAAACAGGCCAGGGAAGACAAAAGGAAGUCCAAACAAGCUUCUUUUUAUCGGUUUUUGAUAGAAAUCAUCUCUUAUUAUGUAACCAAAACUUCUUUGGAGGUGUUGCUUCAUUUAGGGCCAUAAAUCUAUUUUUAGUUUGAAGCGUGUUCCUCUUUAACACUCUGAGAACACAGUUUGAAAAGCUCCACAGUACUAUUUGUCUCAUCAUUUCGUCGGUAAGCAUCAUCAGGUGUUAUGGAUCUGCAGUGUUUCCUGUGCUGGAAAGUUGUGCCACUUCUUCUCUUAUUGCUGGGCAGAUUUUGGUGUAUGAAGGUGUACAUCCUCAAUGAGCACCCUGUACACAUAAUCCCAGGCUCCAAACUGGUUCUCACAGCCCGGAUCGAGAAGAAUCCCUGGGAAGAGGUCUCCACAAUUAUAUGGGCACGGGAGCCUGAAACUGGACAAGAUCGGGCGAAAGUGACACUGGCUACAUGUCCUGCCAAAAGCCCAAAUUGUUCUGGUGCCAGGCCAGAUGUGCAUAUGAAUUUGAAGCAGCAGGAGACAACACUUCAGAUUAACCGAUACAGCAUAGCAGACAGCGGAGAGUACUCAGUGACAGUGAUCGAUACCUCAGGAGCCAAUACCACCGGGCGCUGCAUCAUCAGGGAAUAUGAGGCAGUUCAUCAUGUCUCCGUCAGCAUCAACAUGUCUCACUCCACGCUGGUUUGCCAUGAGGCGUGGGGGACAGACCCCAGCUUCAGCUGGCUGCAUGAGAGAGCUGCCAUCACCCAGCAAGUGGGAAGGGUCUCCAAGGAUGGAAACACACUGUUUGUUACUAUGACUCCCAUUUGUGGCCACUUUACCUGCAUGGUUGGCAACAAGUUGGGAUACAGUUCUGCCACAUAUACAGCGGCACCUUGUGAAAGUGGGGGCAGAGGGAUGACGGCAGCUGUGGUUUGUCUUGUCCUCCUGCUGCUGGUGUGUGGAGGAGUGCUGGCGUUUCUCUUGUGGAGGAGGCACAGGCAGAAUAACAGAGGAGAGAGGCUGUACGAACACGCAGGCAACACAAUCUAAAAAAGUCCUGAGCUGUUGCUAAAUAGUCUCAGAGGAGAACCAGUGGACGGACUGUACAGUGAGGGUGGAAGCUUCCUGUCCUGUGAGCAGUAUGACCUCACGCUGCACGGGAACAAUGUGGAGAGUGAACUGCUUUCAGACAAAUAUAGAAAAUAUUUGGCUCACAGUGUCUCCUGCUCUGCCUGAAAAUGUUUUUCCAACCAUGCUUAAUUAAUUUUUUUUUAUUUUUACUAUCAAUACAUUGUGUGAAAAUGUACUGCAUUGCUCUCAAUCUGCAUAAUGUAACAGAAACAUUAUGAUUCAAUAGAUUACACAAAUCUUUUCAAGGAAAAAAUUAAUUUUAAAAGGAUUGUUGGAUUUUCAUGAGUGCUUAUAUGACACUUUAUCAUUUGCUUUAAUUUCCAGUGUUCAAUUUUUUUUGGCUUACAUACACACAUAUUUACAGCUAAGCAGCAAAGCAACUGAAAAGACUUGACUUGGAGCAGAUCCGGCCCAAGGCUGUACGAGGUCCUACACAGUCUUGAAAAGCCUGGAAAAGUCUGGAAUUUGAUUUGAUUUUUUUUCAAGUCUGGAUAAUUCCAGAAAGAAGAAUAUUUAGUAAAAAAACAAGUAUUUGAAUUUCAACACUUUAUUCCUCAAUGUGUAAACUAACAGAAGGGCUUUUUAGAUUAAUUUAUGCUUAAAAUGUAUCCUUUGUCUUAGAUGUGCCACAUUACAUUUCUGGUUUUGGUCUAGUUUCAUUAAUCAUUUUGAAGCCACAAAAAACAUAUUUCCAAAUUUUUCAAAUAAGCCAAUUUUACUGCUUUUUUGGCCUUUAGAUCCUCUAAUGUCAAGAUUUUACAUUGAACCACCGGUUCCACAAAUUAAAACCCAUAUUUUUUGUUUUUAAAAAUAUAAUGAUGUUUUUACAGAUCACAAACUAUGCUUCAAGUGUUGCAUAAUUUGACAGAUUGUAAAUGUUGCAAAUAUUGAAAUUGAUCAUUUUUAUGUCUGUACAUAAAUACCCCUUAAUUAUACUACCUAAUAGGAAUCCAACCUGCAUUGUAUUGUUAAAGAUUUGUGAAAUUUAUGGUAAAUGUUUAUCCUCAAAAAAGUUCUUACAUGUUGUAAAACAAAACUGUCUAGAAAAUGUGGAAAAUGAGGAAACAAAGUUAACAAAAUUUAAUUUGGGGCCCACCAUCCAUCACAGCACCACUGACCUCAUGUUUAAAUUAUUGAUGCUUGAUUUGUUUUUUGGAUUUGUUUUGCAUAACGUUUCAGUAAAACAGAUGGAACAAGCAAUAUAAUAAUGGAAAGUGAGAGCUGAUCAGUAACUUCAAGCUUUUGAAAUUGUCUUGGAACAUCCUAAAUAAAGGAUAAAUCCAAAAUG